AUGGAUCAAGUUAAUAAUGCUUUUCAAGUAAAAUACAAUGAAUACAAGCAAAUACUAGAGGACCUACAGGCAAAGAUCAUUGAGCUAGGGCAUGAUAAGGAUGAGCAUGAUAUUGUCCUGGAUACAUUAGAAAAGACAGAUCCAGAAAGGAAAUGUUACAGAAUGGUUGGUGGUGCAUUAGUUGAAAGCGACGUUGCCACAACGAAGCCAAUUUUAAUCAAAAAGAAACAAAGUUUAGAAGAAGCUAUUUCAAAUAUGAGAUCAGAAUUGGUUAAAAUUGCUAAUGAAUUUGAUAAAUGGAAAAAAGACAACAAGAUACAAGUGAUCACUCAAUGA